UCCAGGCCGAGGCUGUGUGGGCUGGGGAGGGAGCCAGGCGGCGGAGGCGGCGGCGGCGCCCCAGACCCGAGGGGACGCGCGGGCCUUGCGCCGCGGGAGCGGACGGCGGCGGAGGAGACCCUAAGCUCGCGGCCUGAGGCGGGAGGGCUCGGCUUCUCGACUGCCCGCCUCCGAGGCCGCCGGCCGCUUCUCUCUCCCGGAGUGGCCGCCGCCCCUGGAGACGCGCCGUGACACGGGCCUAAGCCGCCGCCGCGGGCGUCCUGACCGCUCGGACCCGUCGGACCAGGCCGGGUGGGAGCGAGCUUGCGGGCAGGUGCCGCUCCCGGAGGGUGAGCCGGAGGCGAGGCGCCCACCGCGCGGCUCGCGGGCCGGGCUCGGCGAAGGGGCCGCUCGCGCAGCACCCCCACCGCGGGCCGGAGCCCGGGUCGCCGCCCCGCCUUCUCCCGGGACCGCCGGGCCGGAGCUGCGGGGGUCGAGGGACGCCGCGCCCGCCGCCGCCAGCCAGGCUCGCGCGGGAGAGCAGGGAAGAGAAACUUUGCCUUUUAUUGUUUUUAGUCCUUAAGUGCAAGGAACUCUGUGUUGGGAGGAAAAAUGUCCUUCUUCAAUUUCCGUAAGAUCUUCAAGUUGGGGAGCGAGAAGAAGAAGAAGCAGUACGAACACGUGAAGAGGGACCUGAACCCCGAAGACUUUUGGGAGAUUAUAGGAGAACUGGGCGACGGAGCCUUUGGGAAAGUGUACAAGGCCCAGAAUAAAGAGACCAGUGUUUUAGCUGCUGCAAAAGUGAUUGACACUAAAUCUGAAGAAGAACUUGAAGAUUACAUGGUAGAGAUUGAUAUAUUAGCAUCUUGUGAUCACCCAAAUAUAGUCAAGCUUCUAGAUGCCUUCUAUUAUGAGAACAAUCUUUGGAUCCUCAUUGAAUUUUGUGCAGGUGGAGCAGUAGAUGCUGUGAUGCUUGAACUUGAGAGACCAUUAACUGAGUCCCAAAUACAAGUAGUUUGCAAGCAGACUUUAGAUGCAUUGAACUACUUACAUGAUAAUAAGAUCAUCCACAGAGAUCUAAAGGCUGGCAACAUUCUCUUUACCUUAGAUGGAGAUAUCAAAUUGGCGGAUUUUGGAGUAUCAGCUAAAAAUACAAGGACAAUUCAAAGAAGAGAUUCCUUUAUUGGUACACCAUAUUGGAUGGCUCCUGAAGUAGUCAUGUGUGAAACAUCUAAGGACAGACCUUAUGACUACAAAGCUGAUGUUUGGUCCCUGGGUAUCACUUUAAUAGAAAUGGCUGAGAUAGAACCACCUCAUCAUGAAUUAAAUCCAAUGCGAGUGCUGCUAAAAAUAGCAAAAUCUGAGCCACCUACAUUAGCACAGCCAUCAAGAUGGUCUUCAAAUUUUAAGGACUUUCUAAAGAAAUGCUUAGAAAAGAAUGUGGAUGCCAGGUGGACUACAUCUCAGCUACUGCAGCAUCCCUUUGUUACUAUUGAUUCCAACAAACCCAUCCGAGAAUUGAUUGCAGAGGCAAAGGCUGAAGUAACAGAAGAAGUUGAAGAUGGCAAAGAGGAAGAUGAAGAGGAGGAAACAGAAAAUUCUCUGCCAAUACCUGCAAGUAAGCGUGCAUCUUCUGACCUUAGUAUCGCCAGCUCUGAAGAAGAUAAACUUUCACAAAAUGCUUGUAUUUUGGAAUCUGUCUCAGAAAAAACAGAACGUAGUAACUCUGAAGAUAAACUCAACAGCAAAAUUCUUAAUGAAAAGCCCACCACUGAUGAACCUGAAAAGGCUGUGGAGGAUAUUAAUGAACAUAUUACCGAUGCUCAGUUAGAAGCAGUGACUGAACUCCAUGACAGAACAGCAGUAAUCAAGGAGAAUGAGAGAGAGGAGAAGAGGCCCAAGCUUGAAAAUCUGCCUGACACAGAAGACCAAGAAACUGUGGACAUUAAUUCAGUCAGUGAAGGAAAAGAGAAUAAUAUAAUGAUAACCUUAGAAACAAAUAUUGAACAUAAUCUAAAAUCUGAGGAAGAAAAGGAUCAGGAAAAGCAACAGAUGUUUGAAAAUAAGCUUAUAAAAUCUGAAGAAAUUAAAGAUACUAUUUUGCAAACAGUAGAUUUAGUUUCUCAAGAGACUGGAGAAAAAGAGGCAAAUAUUCAGGCAGUUGAUAAUGAAGUUGGGCUUAGAAAGGAAGACACCCAAGAGAAAUUGGGGGAAGACGACAAAACUCAAAAAGAUGCGAUCAGCAAUACAAGUGAUGUGAUAGGAACAUACAAGGCAGCAGAUGUGGCUCAGAAAGCGGAUGAAGACAGUGUUGAGGAUACGCAGAGUAAUGACGGGAAAGAAGUGGUUGAAGUAGGCCAGAAAUUAAUUAAUAAGCCCAUGGUGGGUCCUGAGGCUGGUGGUACUAAGGAAGUUCCUAUUAAAGAAAUAGUUGAAAUGAGUGAAAUAGAAGAAGGUAAAAAUAAGGAACAAGUAAUAAACAGUUCAGAGAACAUAAUGGAUAUCAAUGAGGAACCAGGAACAACUGAAGUUGAAGAAAUCACUGAGUCAAGUAGCACUGAAGAAAUGGAGGUCAGAAGUGUGGUGGCUGAUACUGACCAAAAGGCUUUAGGAAGUGAAGUUCAGGAUGCUUCUAAAGUCACUGCUCAGAUAGAUAAAGAGAAAAAAGAAAUUCCGGUGUCGAUUAAAAAAGAGCCUCAAGUUACUGCAGUUUCACAGCCCACUGAACCUCAGCCUGUUCUAAUACCCAGUAUUAAUAUCAACUCUGACAGUGGAGAAAAUAAAGAAGAAAUAGGUUCUUUAUCAAAAACUGAAACUAUUCUGCCACCAGAAUCUGAGAAUCCAAAGGAAAAUGAUAAUGAUUCAGGCACUGGUUCCACUGCUGAUACUAGCAGUAUUGACUUGAAUUUAUCCAUCUCUAGCUUUCUAAGUAAAACUAAAGACAGUGGAUCGAUAUCUUUACAAGAAACAAGAAGACAAAAGAAAACAUUGAAGAAAACACGCAAAUUUAUUGUUGAUGGUGUAGAAGUGAGUGUAACAACAUCAAAGAUAGUUACAGAUAGUGAUUCCAAAACUGAAGAAUUGAGGUUUCUUAGACGUCAGGAACUUCGGGAAUUAAGAUUUCUUCAGAAAGAAGAGCAAAGAGCCCAACAACAGCUCAAUAGCAAACUACAGCAACAACGAGAACAGAUUUUCCGGCGCUUUGAGCAGGAAAUGAUGAGUAAAAAGCGACAAUAUGACCAGGAAAUUGAGAAUCUAGAAAAACAGCAGAAACAGACUAUCGAACGCCUGGAACAAGAGCACACAAAUCGCUUGCGAGAUGAAGCCAAACGCAUUAAAGGAGAACAAGAGAAAGAGUUGUCCAAAUUUCAGAAUAUGCUGAAGAACCGAAAGAAGGAGGUUAUAAAUGAAGUGGAGAAAGCACCCAAAGAGCUGAGAAAAGAGCUCAUGAAACGCAGGAAAGAGGAGCUUGCACAAAGCCAGCAUGCUCAGGAGCAAGAGUUUGUUCAGAAACAACAGCAAGAAUUAGAUGGCUCUCUGAAAAAGAUCAUCCAGCAGCAGAAGGCAGAGUUAGCUAAUAUUGAGAGAGAGUGCCUGAAUAACAAGCAACAGCUCAUGAGAGCUCGAGAAGCUGCAAUUUGGGAGCUCGAAGAACGACACUUACAAGAAAAACACCAGCUGCUCAAACAGCAGCUUAAAGAUCAGUAUUUCAUGCAAAGACAUCAGCUACUUAAGCGCCACGAGAAGGAAACAGAGCAAAUGCAGCGUUACAAUCAAAGACUUAUUGAGGAAUUGAAAAACAGACAGACUCAAGAAAGGGCAAGACUGCCCAAGAUUCAGCGCAGUGUAGCCAAGACUCGAAUGGCUAUGUUUAAGAAAAGUCUGAGAAUUAACUCAACAGCCACACCAGAUCAGGACCGUGAUAAAAUUAAACAGUUUGGUGCACAAGAAGAAAAGAGGCAGAAAAAUGAGAGAAUGGCUCAGCAUCAGAAACAUGAGAAUCAAAUGCGGGAUCUUCAGUUGCAGUGUGAAGCCAAUGUCCGCGAACUGCAUCAGCUGCAGAAUGAAAAAUGCCACUUGUUGGUUGAGCAUGAGACUCAGAAACUGAAGGAGUUAGAUGAGGAACAUAGCCAAGAAUUAAAGGAGUGGAGAGAGAAAUUGAGACCUAGGAAAAAGACACUGGAAGAAGAGUUUGCCAGGAAACUACAGGAACAGGAAGUAUUCUUUAAAAUGACUGGGGAGUCUGAAUGCCUUAACCCAUCAACACAGAGCCGGAUUUCCAAAUUUUAUCCUAUUCCCAGCUUGCAUUCCACCGGAUCAUAACACUGGGAAGCAUUCUGUGUGUGGGUUUGGCUCUUUCAGUAUGUCAUUCUGUUCUCAUCUUCUGCCACAGUCUGUCAGAUAGCUCACGAAGACAAUCACCUGCCUCACCUUCUAGGUGUUUUCUUUUUUUGUUUUUGUUUUGUUUUGUUUUUAAGCAAAGAUGAAGGGAAAACGAACUAAGACAGAUGCUAGGCCAUGUUGGCAAAGUAGCAUCUUGGUGACUAAGGUGACUGUGUAUAUUCAUCUUAAAGAUUAUGUUCUUUAGACACUGCUACCUGAAAACUGUUGGAGAAAUAAUGUUUAAAGUUAUUUAAGAAAAACUGUUACAUCACUAAGUAUUAAUAAAUUCUUCUUACCUGACGUAACUUCUCAAUGAUGCCUAAAUUCUGUAGUUGAAGCUCUGCUGUAGAGAGUUGGGAUAAUUUUCUUUUGGUGGAUCAGCUCUCAUAAAAAAGCUAUGAUUUGCUCAAAUAUGCUAUUGACUCAGUAAAUGAAUAUUUUUUUUCUUUAAAUAGGAACAACCUCUUUUUUUUUUUUUUUUGAGACGGAGUCUCACUCUUUCGCCCAGGCCGGACUGCAGUGGCGCUAUCUUGGCUCACUGCAAGCUCCGCCACCCGGGUUCACGCCAUUCUCCGGCCUCAGCCUCAACCUCUUUUAAAAAAGAAAAAUUAUUUCAGUGAUUCGUCAAAACAAAUUACCUCUUUAGGCAUGAGCUAAUAAUUGAGGGUGCUAAUUUUCUUAAGAUAGUGCCUAAAACACUAAAUUUCAGUCAAGUUGUAAGUAGGAUUUUCUUUUUGAUCAACAGGGACAAAAACAUCUUUAGAAUUAAACAUGGUUGUUUUGGAAUUUUUGCUUCUCUUACCAUUUGAUAGAAAUUUUCAUCCUAAAAUACAUGUACAAAGUUUGGAAAGAUGAAAAAAAGAGGUAGCUUUUAGAUUGCAAAUUGGAAGUAUAAAACUCAUGAAAUUUAAGCAAUGUAGGUUUAGCUAUCUGUGUUUAUUUUCUAAAAUAAUACCUGAGCUGGUUAAAUGAUUUCUCUCCAUCUUAGCUAAUUCUGUUUAAAACUCUGUCAGAGGCCUGCAGGCUGUGAGUUAUAUUUAUAAAUAUAUCUUCGGAAAUUAAUCUUAAAAGAGGCAUUUGUUCAGAAUACUUUUUUAAAAGUUUAAAUUAAAUAUUUAGGCACGUGUCAGAAAUUACUUUUCCUUAUUUUGAAAUGAGGCUACUUAUGUCUUGGUUUUAUUUUGUUCCAUGUUUAAAUCAUUCACUUUGAUUUGAGUGGGAAAAGCCUGAAGCCUUUAUUAUGUGGUUGCUGAUGUGUGUAAUUAUUAAUGAAAUGUUCACUCCUAGUCCCUUAUGAGGCUUAGAAUUUCAACCACGUGUCAGGUCAGACAGUAUUAUAAACUGUACUUUGCUGUGUGAGACAGCACAUUUGUGAAUGAUGCUUGCUGCCUGCCAUUUUCAACCUAUUGUCUCUUAAGAGUGCUAGGUACCAAAUUGUGAAAGUUUGUUUUCAGUUAUAUUACUUUUGAGGCUGGUGAAAAAUUUAAGUGUAACUUUGUGGGAACACUGAUUCAUAUUUAGAAAAUGUAAAUGUCUGUAGCACUUUCUUGCAGUUAAUUUGAAAACUUUGGAUGCUGAACCUUGUUUGUCAGUGAUUUAGAUGAUUUAAAAAUGCAUGUGUGAUUUUAAUUUUAUAAUUGUUUUGACAAGCAUAAUUUACUUGGACAACUUUGUAGGUAGCCUUAACUUCUGGCCAAGUUUGUUUUUUAUAUAAAUAUAUAUACAUAUAUAUACAUAUUAUGUAUAGUUGUAAAUUCAUACACUUAUCACAUGAACGUGUUACUGUAUACAAAACUCUUAAUGCUUUAUUCUCAAAUGCUGGGUUGAAAAAUGUUUUGAAAGCCUUUUAAAAUAUAUAUCUUUAUAAAGUAAUAUUCAGGAUGAUAAAAAUUGUUUAUAUUGUUAUGAUAAAAAUGACAGUAUAAUGUAGCCCAGUGUAUUUAAUGAUUUAUUUGAAGAGGGAUUGGGAAGGAACGUUUUCAUACCACUUUCUCCUUUGAAAUUUUCAGUUUAUUGACUUUUAAAAAAUGAAUACCUCAGGCAGUAGACAUUUUUUUUUCUAGUAUCAUUUAAUUGAUACCCUGUGUGCUAAACAGUGUGUGGUGCCUGAUUAAUUUGGUCUGAAUAUUUGAUUCUUUCUGUUCCUUUCAACUUGACAUUCAGAGUAUUGACUCAAGGAGAGAGGCUCAGAGUGGAAUGGCUGACGCUGUGGGUAAGGUUGGAUCUCCCUUAAAACUGCCUUUUGGAUUCAGUGUUUGUGCUUGAGUUCGCUUUCAAAUAUGACCAUAAUCGUGUGGGUGCAAGACUGUACAGUGAUACGUAUGUAGAGGUAAAACGUUCAUUUUAAUACUUAAAGUUAUAUAAAUCUUUUCAAAAAGUGUUUUGUUAUAAAAUAUGCCAUUUGUACCCAUACCAGCCCACCUCUUCUGAGGCCCUGUAUUCAAAUAGAUGAUAGUGAUCUGUCUUUCCUGCAUGAAGUGUAGGUGGCGAGUGGGCGAGGGGCGCAGACUUCUUUGAAAUCGAAGAGUACAGUCAAAUCUACUCCUGAUUUGGUGGUUCUGUUGCUGUGGCAGAAUAUGCCAUGAAACACAUAAAAACUUCUCCGAACGUGCACCCUCAUCAGCCACCUCCUCCCCUCUUUCCCUGAGUGCUGUGAACACAGCAGACCUGCAUACUUCUGCAGAUCCAGCUCCUACAGCUUGGGGCACCAGGCUGCCUUUCCUAGUCCUGUUAACAACCAUACAGUGUGAAUUGCUGAAUUAGCUGCUCUUCUAUGUGGAGUGACAUUAAGCUUUUUCUUAUCUUUUUCUAUGGGGAAGCUAUAGGGUGGGUAAGGAAAAAAUGUUGAAUGCUUUUACUUUGCUGAAAAUAUUAGAACUCUCUUGUGACAGGAUACAGCAAAUUAUAAUUAAAUAUAAAUUACCAGAACCAGAGCUACCUCUAAGUCAUACUUCCUCAAGCACAAAGCUCUCAGGCAUAUGAGACCCACCUUAAUGAAGGGUCUCUGAUUUCUUGAGCAUCAGUGAGUUUCAGAAGUGACUAUUUUUUUGUACUCUUCUAGUUUCCUUGUAACUACACACUUUUUCCCAUUCCACGCUACUUAAAUGACAAAGACGCUUCUGAGAAGCCAAAUUCUGUCCAAGUAUUAACUAGAGAUAUUGUUGAUUAAAGAAAAUCUAGAACUGAAGUGAAAGAAGAGCGUUCCAGUUCUAAUAGUCUUUUGAUUAACAAUUCUUUUCUGAGAAAUGAUUUUUAUAAGAAAUGGGGUGAUGCUUUAAAUGCUUUUCUUAAGUUGAAGGCACAACAGUUAAUGGCUGUAUUGUUGCUAUUCCGUUGCUGACAUGUUUUUGAUAAAGCUUUAACAUUCCUGCUACUAAUUUUGGCGGAGAGUGUUUGCCAGGUUUCAAUGUGGGCUGCAGCUUUUUGUGCUCCUUCUCUGGUUUGCAGUGUAAUGAGUUGAUAAGCUAAAUUUUCGGAAAGAAUUUUGUUUCAGAUUAUGCCUCUUAUCUACUUGGGAGCAACAUGUCUUUUCAAUCAUGGGAUUGACACAUGAAAAAUAAAGUUAUUUCUUAAUCAA